CCACAGGUUCAUGAACUGGAGAGGUCUAAACGUGCCAUGGAGCAACAGCUGGAGGAGAUGAGAGUUCAGCUGGAGGAGCUGGAGGAUGAGCUGCAGGCCACGGAGGACGCCAAACUGCGUCUGGAGGUCAACAUGCAGGCCAUGAAGGCCCAGUUUGACCGAGACCUGCAAGCCAGAGACGAGCAGGGAGAGGAGAAGAAGAGAGCGCUUGUCAAACAGGUGCGCGAGAUGGAGGCAGAGCUGGAGGACGAGAGGAAGCAGAGGACUCUGGCUGUUGCUGCCAAGAAGAAGUUGGAGAUGGACCUGAACGAGCUGGAGGGACAGAUCGAAGCAUCUAACAAAGGCAGAGACGAGGCUAUUAAACAGCUCCGGAAACUACAGGCUCAGAUGAAGGACUAUCAGAGGGAGCUGGAGGAGGCCAGAGCCUCCAGGGAUGAGAUCUUCACCCAGUCCAAGGAGAACGAGAAGAAACUAAAGAGCCUAGAAGCUGAAAUCCUGCAGCUACAGGAGGACCACGCAGCGUCAGAGCGGGCCCGUCGGCAUGCCGAACAGGAGCGGGACGAGCUGGCUGAUGAGAUCUCCAACAGUGCUUCUGGAAAGUCGUCACUGCUGGAAGAGAAGAGGAGGCUGGAGGCUCGUAUCGCCCAGCUGGAGGAGGAGCUGGAGGAGGAGCAGGGCAACAUGGAGCUGCUCAACGACCGCUUCAGAAAGACCACCAUGCAGGUCGACAGCCUGAACGCAGAGUUGGCCGGAGAGCGCAACACUGCACAGAAGAGUGAGAACGCUCGGCAACAGAUGGAGCGGCAGAACAAGGAUUUGAAAGCCAAGCUGGCAGAGCUGGAGGGGACUGUCAAGUCAAAGUUUAAGGCGUCCAUCACCGCCCUGGAGGCCAAGAUCCUGCAGCUGGAGGAGCAGCUGGAGCAGGAAGCAAAGGAGAGAGCAGCAGCCAACAAAAUCGUCCGUCGUACGGAGAAGAAACUGAAGGAGGUGAUGAUGCAGGUGGAGGAUGAGCGUCGCCAUGCUGACCAGUACAAGGAGCAGAUGGAGAAAGCCAACUCUCGUAUGAAGCAGCUGAAGCGUCAGCUGGAGGAGGCGGAGGAGGAGGCCACCAGGGCCAACGCCUCCCGCAGGAAGCUGCAGAGGGAGCUGGACGACGCCACUGAGGCCAGCGAGGGUCUCACCAGAGAGGUCAACUCCCUCAAGAACCGCCUCAGGCGCGGCGGUCCGGUCAGCAGCUUCUCCUCCAGCCGUUCGGGCCGCCGCAACCUCAACCUGGAUGGCGCCUCCGUCGACAUGUCGGACGACGACGCCGACAGCCGUGCCGGCGACUUCAACGAGACGCAGGCCUCCAACACCGAGUAAACACAGCGACACUCUCAUUCCUUCGCUUUGCCCCUCUCCUUCAUCUCACCCCCCCCUCCC